UGGAGAUGGGGGAAAGCUAGAGCCUGACCACAUUCCUUACAGAACAGUAAGGUUCUGUUAAACUGUACUUCCGUCCUCAAUUGGACCAUAUUCCUGUUUUAAACUGUCAUUUUCUCCAAGAACCAGAUUUUAUUUCAAUUUUUUAGCAUUUCCAUUAAGGCUUAUGAGACUACAACGACUAAAAUAGUAAGAUUACAUAACUGCUGUUGCUGUCUAUAAAGCUGGCAGGGAAACAGCACGAUUUGCUUGGCUGACCGCACCAAAUAAGCAGAGUAUGCCCUCAAAACUCAGCAAGGUUAAAUAGCUAAUUGUUAUAAAUCUGCCUCACGGAGUAGGUCCAGAGCCCCUUCCCAAGACAGACACAUGGUGGGGAAUACUCACUCCAUGGAAGGAUGGGGAUCACCGGCGAGGUCCCACUUGGCUGCAGGAGCUUCCAGGGACACCUUUUCUUCUGGCAGCAGCGGCGGCUCCAGGGCUUGGAGUCCUCCUUGAAAAGAAGAAUAGUAACAAUUAGCAACAAACAGCAUCAGCAGUACACUUUAUCAAGAAAGCCCUAAAAGCAUUAUUUUUAGGAUGGCAGUGUAUUGGCAAUUUUUAUUUUUUAUAUUGUCGCUGUGACCGAGUACAUGUGUGAGCACACCUAGACCCUCAUGCAGCAGGGUUUGCACCCCGUGCACGACCAGCCCCGGAUCGGCCAUGCAUUCAGCGUUGGUGGGUAUUCGGCUUCUAUUGCCAAAGCUGUCGGUCCGUCCUCUCACCACUGCUCCGGCACCUGCAUCCCACAGCCAGGUGAUGAUGCUGGGCAGCCCGCGGGUGGCCGAGCUGCUGCUGCUGCACGGAGCCGACCCCAACCGCCCCGACCCGCGCACCGGCUGCCUCCCGGUGCACGACGCGGCCCGCGCCGGCUUUCUGGGCACGCUGGCGGCGCUGCACCGGGCCGGGGCGCGCCUCGACCUCCCCGACGGCGGCGGCCGCCUGCCCCUCGAAGUGGCGGCGGGGGGCCCGCACGGACCCGUGGGGCGGUACCUGCGCGACCCUCCGGCCUUGCCGGCAGCCGCGGGGGCCGCCGAGAAGGCUGCGCGCUGACCCCAUCCCGGCCGUCCCGCCGCGUCCGCGUCGCCGCGUUCCCUGCAGCCCACCUCCCCCGCGAGCAGCCCCGCCGCCCGUCAUCAGCGAGCCGUCGGGAAAAAAAUUGGCAAUCAAUUAGUUACUUUCUAGCUUUUUGCAUGUGGAGAUCCCAUUUGCUCAGAAGAUAUAGUCAAUGAGCUUCUUAUUUUUAAGACAGCUUUCUGGCUCUCUAAGCCAGAUAUUUGGAAAUAACAACAAAUGCCUAAUUUUGCUAAUAAAUCUGGAUUUUUGCCCUC